CUCUCCCCCCUCCCCCAUCUUCUCCCUUCAAUUCAAAAAUCAAAUCCCCACACACCCACUCUUAAAAAACAAAUCAAACCCCUCCACAAUUGAAUCCUCUUGUCACUAUCAUCAUUUUUCAUUUGUGUUUUUAAAACCACACCCUUUCAACCAAUUAGAAAAAGAAAAUAAUGGAAACCAAACAAGAAAUGAGCUUUGACUCUACCAUGGAGAAAGUUAAGCAACCAAAUGAAGGAAAAGGUGCCAAAGUUGAUGAAGGUACUUCUACUCCACAAUCAGAGCUUGAAGAUCCUCUUAGUUUGAGGAACUUGUCCAAGUUUAUAAUCCCUCCUUUGGGUGUUUCAAGCUAUAGCCAGAAUCAAAUAGACUCCAAGGGAUGGGUCAUUACUCCCAUGGAUUCAACAUACAGGUGCUGGGAAACGUUUAUGGUGAUGUUAGUGUUUUAUUCGUCAUGGGUUUACCCAUUCGAAGUGGCGUUUCUCAGUUCAUCGGCGCCGAGAAAACUGUACAUGGCCGACAACAUCGUGGAUCUAUUCUUCGCCAUUGAUAUUGUGUUGACGUUUUUCGUUGCUUAUAUUGAUACUAGAACUCAACUUCUAGUUCGAGACUCCAAAAAGAUUGCUAUCAGGUACCUAUCAACAUGGUUCUUAAUAGAUGUGAUAUCAACAAUCCCAUUUGAAGCACUAGGCUAUUUGUUCACUGGCAAUAGCAGAGUGGGCAUCUCUUAUUCCCUUUUGGGUUUGCUUAGAUUUUGUCGUCUCAGAAGGGUCAAGCAGCUUUUCACCAGGUUGGAGAAAGACAUCAGAUUCAGCUAUUUUUGGAUCCGAUGUGCUAGACUUCUAGCUGUGACCUUACUUGCGAUUCAUUGUGCUGGAUGCCUUUACUACCUACUAGCUGACAGGUACCCACAACAGGGAAGAACAUGGCUAGGCUCAGUACACCCAAAUUUCAGGGAAACAAGCCUUUGGAUCCGAUAUAUCUCAGCCAUGUAUUGGUCCAUCACCACCAUGACUACUGUUGGUUAUGGUGACCUCCAUGCAGUCAACACUAUGGAAAUGAUCUUUAUCAUCUUCUACAUGCUCUUCAACCUUGGCUUAACCGCUUAUAUAAUCGGUAACAUGACAAACUUGGUCUGUGAAGGAACUCGCCGUACCAUGGAAUUCAGGAAUAGUAUCGAAGCGGCUUCACAAUUCGUAUCGAGAAACCGGUUGCCCCCGAGGUUGAAAGAGCAGAUAUUGGCUUACAUGUGUUUGAGGUUCAAGGCUGAGAGCUUGAACCAACAGCAACUAAUUGAACAAUUACCAAAAUCCAUUUAUACAGGGAUUUGCCAGCAUUUGUUCUUGCCAACAGUGGAGAAAGUGUACCUGUUCAAUGGAAUAUCAAGGGAAAUUUUGCAGCAUCUGGUCGCGAAGAUGAAGGCAGAGUAUCUCCCACCGAGAGAGGAUGUAAUAAUGCAGAAUGAAGCACCAGAUGAUGUUUACAUCAUUGUGUCCGGAGAAGUGGAAAUCAUUAAUUGUGACAUGGAGAGAGAGAUGGUUGUUGGAACCUUGCAAUCCGGGGAUAUGUUCGGAGAAACCUGUGCAAUUUGUUGCAGACCUCAAAGAUUUAUGUACCGAACUAAGACGCUUUCUCAACUCCUGAGGCUAAAAACAACUGACCUGAUUGAAUCGAUGCAGACCAAACACGAAGAUAAUGUAGCCAUCUUUAAGAAUUUACUACAGCAUAACAAAAGGCUAAAGGAUCUUAAAAUCGGAGACCUAGCAGAAGAGGGCGGAGAAGAAGACGAUGAGCCAAAAAACAUCACUAUUAAUUUGCUGAAUGCGGCCGAUAUAGGCAAUGCUGCUUUUCUUGAUGAGCUUCUGAAAGCAAGGUUGGAUCCUGACAUCGGAGAUUCUAAAGGAAGAACCCCAUUGCACAUAGCAGCAACAAAAGGGCAUGAAGAUUGUGUGCUGGUACUCCUUAAGCAUGCAUGCAAUGUACAUUUACAAGAUAUGAAUGGCAACACCUCACUAUGGAAUGCGAUAUCCUCAAAACACCAUUCGAUAUUUAGGGUCCUAUAUAAUUGUGCUGCUGUUUCCAACCCGUUCACUGCCGGUGAUCUCUUAUGCCUUGCUGCACAAAGAAAUGAUCAGACAGUGAUGAAAGAACUACUGAAACAUGGAUUGCCCAUAGAUGCAAAGAAUCGUCAUGGAUUAACAGCGUUGCAGAUUGCCAUGAAAGAGAAGCAUGAAAACAUGGUUAAUCUACUUGUAAUGAAUGGAGCAGAUGUCAUCAAUACAAAUACAUAUGAAUUUUCUUCAGAAGCGUUAAAUGAAAUGCUUGAAAAGAGAGAGAUCGGCCACCGAAUUAAUGUACCUGAUACCACUUCCAGUGAAGCACUGCUGAAGAAGCUCGAAGGGGACACUGUAGGCAAACUAGACAAAAGCAGAACAGUAGACCAUCCAAGGGUGAGCAUUUAUAAAGGCCACCCUCUAAUGAGGAAAGAAUCUUGUUCUACAGAGCCUGGGAAGCUAAUAAGUUUGCCAGAUUCACUCGAGGAUCUCAAGAACAUUGCAGGCAAAAAAUUUGGGAUCGAUGCAAGAAAUGCAACUGUAACAGAUGAAGCAGGGGACGAAAUUGAUUCCAUUGAAGUGAUUAGAGACAAUGAUAAGCUUUACAUUGUUGAAUAACAAAUAUAAAACCAUAUGUAAUAAGAGCGAGUUAAAACUUAGAAGUUCAAUUAACAGAUUAUGCUCUUUCAGUAAUGUGCAUAUUCCCAGAAGGAAAGCACAAUCUUUACACAAUUGUAAAAUACAGUUGUCAGAUAAUUUGGGAAAUGUUUUUCUUCCCUAGUUAGAAAUUAAGAACAUAACCUUCAAAUA